CUAAGUCCCUAUACUGACCAAUCAUUGAGUGCCGUUGAGCAAGUUGAGGAGCUCAAUCAACCAAUCAUUGAGCGCCGUUGAGCAGGCUGCUUCCUCAACCCACCAAUCAGAUGGCCUCAUUGACUGACCGUGUCAAAUGCAUAAUCGGAGUGACAAGAGUAAACAAUCGCUGCUAUCAUCAGUGGACUGAGAUCGGUGACAGCAAACAAGAGAUAAAAAGCAUGGAUUUGGCGGGACACAAGUGCAGUGUAUGUGACAGGAGUUUCUCAGUGAAGUCCAACCUGACUCGGCACAUGCAGCUUCAUGGUCCGAACGAGGAACAUGUGUGUGAAGUGUGUGGGAAAAGCUUCUCACUGAAACAGCAGCUGAGCAGCCACCAAAAACAGCACCUGUACCCAUGCAUCCGUCUGUACAGGCAGGGAGAGGCCAAGCUGCAGUGUACGGAUGCAGCUAAGAGUGUGGCAAUGGGCCCCAGCAAAGCAGUAGACCCCAGCUGUCUGGAUUCAGAAAAGGUGGAGGCUGCUGCAAAGAAAUCUGGAGGGGAAAUGUGGAAAGGCCAGCUAGUUGUCACAUUCGGCAAAUAUGCAGGCCAGUCUUUCAGGUGGCUGCUUGAAAAUGAUGUGGGCUGGGUCAUAUGGCUGCUGUCUGAAUAUUGUCAGAAGGGUGAGAAGAACGAUCUCCUAAAGUGGCAAAAGGAGCGAUUGCUGCAGUAUGCCAGAGAGUUUCCGCCUGUCACCUUCCAUCUUGACAAACGCAUGGAGGAGUCAAGGAAAGACAAAGGAAAGAAGGCUGAAUCUACCCUUUCUAAGUUCCAGCAGGAUCCUGACUAUGCCAGUGAUGCUGAAUUGUUGGCAGCUGCUGAGACUGUCCUUGAAGAGUCUGAGGUAGCGGUCUCCACACAGCUGACCACCUGGGGAGAGCUCACACCGGCUGUGAGUCAGGACUCUUCCCACAGCCUCAGCGCAUCUCAGGGAAGAGCUUCUUCCCCUGUAGACACCUCUGCCUCUGGCUUCUUGCUGGAGGGCUGGCAGAAAUACUGGGAGCAUCCACCUCCAUCUACACAAGCCAAUGGUAUAGCUCCUCCUAACAUCAAGUGGCUGAAAUAUGAUGAGAUGUAUGGUCUGUUUGAGAGACCUUCCAAGUACAAAAAUGCCAAAGGAGAGAUUGUGGAGAGAAUGCUUUUAAAGGAGAAGAUGGAGUUCCACCCACCCCCAAUUCCUACUUCUGUCAAGGGAGGACUGCCCAACAUGAUGGCCUUUUUCACAACCCCUGUCUUCUUCUGGCGCCCAGUUGGUGUGAUGCAAGCCAAGAUCCGCUGCCCUAGCUCCAACUGCCCUGCACCACCAGGUGAAUACCUUGAGAAGAAAGGUUUUGGUAGUUAUGCCAGGCAAGUGUGUGGGAUGAAGUACAAUUACACCUUGUUGACAGAGAAGCUGAAGUGUUCACAUUGUGAAAAGAUGAGGCGGGAAGUGAGUAAGACACAUAGUGACGCAGACAGUGAAGAUGAGGACAGUCAUCAUGUUCAGCAGUACAUUUGGCUGGCACACAGUCCCAAGAUCCUGAUGAACUUGGCCCCUGCCAUCAGAAGCAUUUUUCCUGCCAUACUGUGUGGGAAGCGUGCUAUUGACAAAGGCGUGGUUACUCUUCUGAAUGACAGGGUCAACAGUGUGUCCAUGAGCAAAGUCCAGAGACUGCUGCAGCAGGGACAUGAUGAGUGGUAUGUGGAGCGCCGUGACCUGUACCAGACUCUCUUGUACGAAGCCCACACAGCUGGAUCUGCAUCGUCUCAGAAGAGCGUCCUGUCCUUUGUCAAAGCUGCUGGUACUUACACCCCUCCUCUGCCCCGGACUCCCCUUCCUUCUGCCCGUGUGCUGAGGCGUGCACACAUGAUCAUGGAGAUGGAGAAGAUGCCUGUGUACAGAGCCUCAAUCCUCAGUGUGACUGGAGAAAUCCUCUGCAUUGAUGGUACAAAAAAGGUCCUUAAGAAGAUAUAUGGUGAUGGCCAGGGCACCAUGCAGUAUGUCACCAGUGUGCUGAACGAGUGGGGCCAGUUCUUGACCACGGUGGUGGUGGCAGCUGAGUCUGAGGGGUGCUACAGACGUAUGGCCAAAGGUCUGAUGGCCCGCUUUGAACGAGCUAGGGCUCCUGCACCAACUGCCAUAUAUGCAGAUAACAACUGUUGUCGUGACAGUGGUUCGUCCUUCCUGGAGAAUCUGUUCGGGGGCUGGGUGCAGAAGGGCACUGUGGUCAGACGAUCCCAUCCUCAACGGUCUCUCCAUUCCUCUGCCCAAUCUGAAUGCCAAGUCCAUCUCUACAUUCAUGGCACGGGAAGAGAAGAAGGCUAA